AUGGGAAACACCGCUUCUCGCCCGCGCUCUCGUGCGCCUACUUCCAAUAUUGAGAACAAAAAGGCAGUCGCUCGUGAGGAGGCCAAGCCCCGUACCAACUCGGAUACAACACUCAACGGUGCCUCUCCCCAAACGGCAGCCAAAAAGGUACAAGCCGUCCAGAAAAAGUUGCCCAAGGAUUUCUUGUGGGGAUUUGCAACCGCCUCAUUCCAAAUCGAGGGUUCGACCAACACCGAUGGGCGUGGUCCCUCCAUCUGGGACGAGUUCUCUCGUACCCCUGGAAAGACUCUGGAUGGCCGUGAUGGUGACGUUGCAACCGACUCGUACCGACUUUGGAAGGAAGAUGUCGCACUUCUGAAGCAAUAUGGCAUCAAGUCUUAUCGUUUCUCCCUUUCUUGGUCACGAAUAAUUCCUCUUGGCGGGCGUAACGACCCCGUGAACCCACUUGGGAUCAAAUUCUAUUCCGACUUCAUUGACGCGCUCUUGGCCGCCGGAAUUACUCCCUUCCUUACUCUCUACCACUGGGAUCUUCCUCAGGGACUUCAUGACCGUUACGGUGGAUGGUUGAACAAGGAAGAAAUCGUGAAGGACUAUGCUCACUAUGCCAAGGUCUGUUUUGAAGCAUUUGGUGACCGUGUGAAGCACUGGCUCACCAUGAAUGAGCCGUGGUGCAUCUCUAUUCUGGGAUACGGGCGCGGAGUAUUCGCCCCGGGACGUUGCAGUGAUCGCCAACGCAGCCCAGUGGGUGAUUCCAGCACUGAGCCAUGGAUCGUUGGUCACAGUGUGAUUCUUGCCCACGCACACGCAGUCAAGGUUUAUCGUGAACAAUUCAAGGCAUCCCAGAAGGGACAGAUUGGUAUCACUCUAAACGGCGACUGGGCUAUGCCAUACGACAAUACCCCCGAGAACAUCGCAGCAGCUCAGCAUGCGCUCGAUUUCGCUAUUGGUUGGUUCGCGGACCCUAUUUACCUCGGCCACUACCCCGCAUACAUGAAGGAGGUUCUCGGUGACAGACUCCCUACUUUCACUCCGGAGGAGCUCAAGAUCGUCAAAGGCUCAGGCGACUUUUACGGAAUGAACACCUACACCACCAACCUUUGCAAGGCUGGCGGCUCAGACGAAUUCCAAGGAAACGUCCAGUACACCUUUAAGCGCCCCGACGGUACUGAGCUUGGAUGUCAGGCUCACUGCGCAUGGCUCCAGACUUACCCCGACGGUUUCCGUGCACUCCUCAACUACCUCUGGAAGAAGUACAAGCUUCCUAUCUACAUCACCGAGAACGGUUUCGCAGUCAAAGACGAGGACUCGAUGCCACUUCUCGACGCCCUUGCAGACAAGGACCGAGUUGAGUACUUUGACGGCAACACCAAGGCACUAUUGGCUGCAGUCAAUGAGGAUGGUGUUGAUGUCAGGGCCUACUUCCCUUGGAGCUUCAUGGACAACUUUGAGUGGGCUGAUGGGUAUGGUACCCGCUUCGGUGUCACCUAUGUUGACUACGAGACCCAGAAGCGGUACCCUAAAGACUCGGCGAAAUUCUUGGUUCGGUGGUUCCAAGACAACGUUGAAAAGUAG